AUGCCUCUACAUUCAACUAUAUCGUCAAACACCAUCAAAACCCCACCACGCACAACAAGUCUCAGGUUUCGACAAAUGAUCAUGAAUUCGCCGCCCUCCUCCCCCUUGUCCAUGUUUGACGACGGCUUCGAACAAAUUGAUCUCAAUUCGACUUGCACUGAUGAAGUUGGUUGUAGCUUACACUCCACAACGAGUAGCUCUUCAUCAUCUUCCUCCAUUACCGAAUGCUGCGGUGAUGAUCUCACGUUAGAAAACAUGUCAAAUGUGAUAGCAGCAGCCAUUGAACUAUCCAUGUCCAAUCACAAGCGCUUGUCUUCACUCUCUGCGGGCAAUGCAUCCAUCAAAUACACUAAGAAAUCAACAAAAAAGAGAGAAAAUAGGUUUUCCAAGCACCUGUUUCGAUGGAGCACUAAUCCCACCACUUCCACCACAACCACACCUAUUCUACCCAAGCCAAUGCGAGUAUAUGAUGAUGGUAAACAAGAACCGCUGUAUCGUGGUAUCCGUGUCCAGGAAGUCCCUACUACCUUUGAUCCAAUGAUCAUUCCACUUGAUUUUCACCCAAACAGUUCGUUGCAGAGACCCCAAUUUGCCCGCAUCAGUUAUUAA